ACGGCAACGAGUUUUGUUGAUUUUAUGAAUGAUUUUAUGAAAGAAAUUUGUUGAAAAUAUAAACAUAAUUAAAUCGACGGAAGUACAUAUCUAAAGUUGCUUUGAAAACUGUUCCAUUUUAUAAUCUUGAAAAUCCUGUGGUUUUUCUCACUGUUAGAGUUUUUAAAACGAAAUAUGCUGUUAGAAGUGUUUAUGUUGUGAGGUAUUUAUGCUGAAAGGAUUGUUUAUGCUGUAUAAUGGUAUUUUCUAAGUCAAAUACUAUAGUAAAGAGGAAGAAAAAACCUAAAAAGAGUAAAGUUGAUGGACUAAAAGUCAUUAUCAAACCUAAAUCAUACGACGGUUCGUCAAAUUGGUGCCAAUUGCAACAAGUAUGCAAAAUGCUUGAUAAAGAUAAAAAAUGCGAGACUUCCACUAAACAAAUAAAAGAUGGUAAUUCUUCAUCUGCUUAUAAAACUGAUGACAAAAGUUCUCGGAGAAAAGAUUUUAGAACAGAUGUAGCAAAAAGCAAAAGUGCCAAUUCUAGUCCUGGGAAGAUGCUGAAUGAUGCAAAGUCUAAACCAAAAUCUUCUCCUUAUAAGAAGAAACCACAGUCAUUAGCAAAAAAUUCUCCAGCUUUUGCCAAGCAUGCAGAUGAUCAGAAAAAUGAAGGCUCUGAUCAAUUUUCUUUUAAUUUUUCUCAAAAGGAUGGAGAUGUUAAAGAAAACUCAAAGUUUAGAAAUAACAUUAGAUUAACAAAUGCAGUUGCAAUGGAUUGUGAAAUGGUGGGAACUGGGCCAGCAGGAGUGGAUUCCGUCGUUGCUCGUGUGUCAAUUGUUAAUUCAUUUGGCGAAUGUAUUUAUGAUGUAUUUGUCAAACCAAAAGAAGAAGUAACGGAUUAUCGGACUAGAAUCAGUGGUGUUCGAGCUUCAGAUUUAGAGAAAGGUAAAGAAUUAUUUGAGGUACAGAAAGAGGUAUUAAGCAUCAUCAAUGAUAGGAUAGUAGUUGGACAUGCUUUAAAGCAUGAUUUUGAUGUGUUGUUUAUCAGUCACCCAAAGUGGAAAAUACGUGACACUGCAUGUUAUAAACCGUAUCGUGACCUUAAUGGUGGUCGUACCCCCUCUUUGAAGAAAUUGACAUCUCAAAUUCUUGGUUGUGAAAUUCAAGGAGGAGAACACAGUUCUGUUGAAGAUGCACAAGCAGCUAUGCUGUUAUAUUUAAGACACAAAAAGGAAUGGGAACGUCAACUGAGAGCUAAAAAAAGAAAAAAGGCUGCCACUGAUGCAGAAAAAACAUCCUGAUGUUUAUCACAUGAAACAUGUACAUAUGUAUACAAUAAAUUAUAAUAGUUUUUUUUUUACUGCAGAGCAUAGAGUUACAUGGUUUAUUUUAAUAUAUGUUACGUGAAAUAA